AUGCUCGCUUUCUCAACGCGUUCCUGUCCCACCCUCGCCCCCUCGGGCUCGCUUCACGUGUCGUUCCAUUCAGAGGAGUCCCCAACGCGCUUGCACGCGCCUCUGCCCACCAGGUUGAUGCUCAAGGGCAACGGCAUCGUCUCCCCGGAGCAAUCGCCCGUGUCCAGCAUCAGCGGGUGUUCCGAUGACUGCAUGUCGUAUCCUAUGACAUCCUCGCGCCGCACAGCCGGCCGCAAUUCGUAUGCUGAAUUCCGGGCAACCCACAGUCGCGUCGUGCGUUUCUUUAAUUUACCACCUCUUGACCCCAAUACGGUCUUCAAGUCCACAUUCUCCUGCGCGCUUAACCACGAGCGGCCGAUUCCCGCACCUGUCUCGCUGUGGGUGCGCGACGGCGACGAUGGUGUCUACGCUGUCUUUGCCGACCAUGAGCAGGCCGACGCCGCCCUCUCUCUCUCCGGUUCUUCCUUCUCUGUGGCCACCGCACUCGAACAGGAGCUCGAGCCUCUGUCAAAUUUGAGGCGGCUUGAUCUGCAAUCGGCUUCCGACAUGCUUACGACGACCACCUCUGACACGCCCUUACGCCCCGACAUGUACGCCCCACGAACCGCAAGCACGUCCAUCGCCGGCCUCACGUCCGCAUUGGACUCGAUGCGACUGAACCCUGAAGUCGGUGCUAUGUCGUCUUCGACUCACCCAUCGGCUUCUUCAACCCCCUUCGCGGAAUACACACUGUCAAGUAAUCCUCCGAACCCGAAGUCCAGCUUUCGACUCGGCGACUGGAUAUGCGCUUCACCGACCUGCGCGGCACACAACUUUGGUCGCAACAUCUCUUGCAUCGGCUGUGGCCAUCCUCGCCCGAACUUAACCAACUCGACCGCGGCGCUCAACAGCGCCUCCCUCGGUGGCCCCGCCAUGCGCCCCAACCCGUCGCCUCGAUUUGUGGCACAACCUCAAAUACAUCCUCCUACGCCACUGCAGUUGGCGAACGCGAUGCAUGCGCAACAACCGCCCUACGGCGCGGCCGUCGGCAGGGUUCCGAUGCCGCCGGCGCCCCGCUCGCCGCUCAUCGCGAACAAACCGCCUGCGCCCUCCUACCCGCUGCUCACGCCCUCGGGACGCGCGCUGGCGAUUGGCGGCAAGGUUCAAAACGUCUCGUCGAAUCCGCUCUCGCCGUGCGUCAUGUAUUGGCCGGACAACGAGCCGUUCCCCGAGCAAGGACAGAUCAGGCCGCCGGCCUCCGCUGGAAUCCAGCAUCCCCCUAUCAUGAACACCGGCAACCGCGGGCCCAUCGAGCACCAACCGGGCGACUGGAUCUGCCAGAAGUGCAACUACCUCAACUGGCGGCGUAGAAAAGUGUGCCAAACAUGUUUCCCAUAUGCUGAAGGGAACGGAGACUCGAUCUCAGCUGCCGUUCAGGCCGAGCGCAUACAACUCCUCGCGAACGUACUCAACCAAGAGACCAACCUCGGUUCCGUACCGCUUCGCAGCCCGGCUAUGACUCCCAAUCCUCUUGCACAGUUGCCGCUCCGCUCGCACUCGGUCACGCCGCCCGUCGCUCAUCACCGUCUGCACACCGGCGCAUACCCCGCCCCGCAUCGCUCGCGGUCUCACUACGACCUCGGUGCGCAGUACGCCGCCGCGAACCCCAUCUACCAGACCUCCGGCGCCCGCCAUUCCGUGCCGUCGUCCCCACUGUCCACUGUCUUCACGCGCCCGUCGACGCCUGCUGUGCUCGAGCCGCCCGUGGGUACGCUCCUGCCUUCGUUCCUGCAAGACAUCGUCCACUCUCCCUCGUUGUCACCGAGCUCGACCACCUCUGCGGAGCUUUCCGUUGAGGAUUAUGAGGACGAACUCGCCAACGCCAUCUAUACCACUCAGGCCCAGGUGCAGCAUCGCGUCUAUGCGGGAGAUCGGUCGCGCAACAUGAGCAGGUCUUCUUCAUCGAGCCUGCGCGCCCAUCCGUUGGGUAAUAUAUGGACUUUCGAUGGCGAAGAGAGCAAGGUCCUCACGCGCACGUCGCCGACGAACGACCACGCCGCCCCCAAUAAUCGCCAUUGUAUCGCUUAAUUCAACUAUGCCGGGCUCUCGCUUCGUCUACUGCUCACAAAUCGGACCAAGGAUCAAGGACGCUUCACUUCACCUUCCUCUAGGAGUCAACAAAAUAUCUAUUAUCCUAUUAUGGGCCCCGCGCCCCCACCCCCCGGAUCUCAUUGCAACGGUACAGUCACUCGACACCAUUCAAGCCUUUCCACCUUUAUGCUCCCUCGCCUCCCUCACCCUUGCUACUUGGACGGUCUGCUGGACAAUUGCAUUUGGAGCCCACGUUUCUUGCGGUAUCUUAUCGUACCAUUACUAGUACUAUGUCCUACCCAGCGCAUGUAG